AUGUACGAAAGAAAUUCUGCCUUGUUGAGGGACAGUUCAUGCGCCACUGGACGGAUCAUCUCACUUUAUGCCUUCAUUGUUACCCCGCAGCCACCACAGCCCUACAGUUUUGGCUAUGACAACCUCGACGAGUACGGAUCGAGGAGCUACCACAACGAGAAGAGCGACGCCAACAAUGUCAAGACUGGAUCGUACGGCUACCGAGACGCCAACGGCAUCUACAGACGGGUCACGUACAUCGCCGACGCCAAUGGGUACCGGGCCACCAUUGACACCAACGAGCCGGGCACAGCGCCGGGAUACAGUGCCGACGCGGUGUACAAUGCUAAACCAAUUCGCGUCGCCGCUGCGGCGAAAUCUGCAUCGGCUCCCCUUCCAGUCUACAUUGCGCCUGCCCCAUACGGCGCCUCUCACAAUCCCUACGGUGUUCGCAUCCCGUGGUCUUCAUAA